CUUAUAUCUAAGUUUGCCAUACUAUUUUGUUUUUAAUCGACUUCCUUGAAAAGUAAAUAAAACUGGACCAUCAGAUAUGAGCAGUUACAACAGCGUGAAGUCAUGAAUCAAAUUAAAACAUCUGUUUUAGAAAUAUGUAUAGUACUCUUAUGUGUAAAUGGCUGCUGUGGCCAGGCGAGUGGCUCCGAGGUGUGUAAGAUCCAGGACGGACUGCAGGGGGAAUGUCGAUACCGGAUAGACCAUGUCAACCUCGAUGUCAUCUGGGUCAAGAUUGACCCCUGUAGUGACCCAGUGGCCGUCACGUUUACCAUCACGAAUGAUAAGACCUAUAUGGAUCUUUCUCACACCUUCAAAGGUUCCCAGAUCAUUCGCCUGCACGGAUAUUCUGAGAGAAUUUUUCUCCAUGUCACCAUGGGCGAAACCUUUAGCGGAACAUUCAGACUGGAGGCCGACAUAGAAAGGUAUGAUGGCACAAAUACUGACUUUAUUUAUCAAGACUUUGACCUACAAGUGGCUUCGGAACAAUGCUUCAAUAUCGCCUCGAAGAUUGCAAUAGGGAUUAUGAGCGUACUAUUCCUGGUGGCCAUAGCUAUGGGAAUAGUGCUGCUGGUGCUCUGGCGCAGGAAACGCAAAGCUGAAAAUUGUGCAGGAACCAGCCAGAGAAAUGGUGCUGGGCCCAGCUCUUCCACAACUGCGGCCUCUCUGGGAACCGGUGAGAUCCUUUUAAACCAUAGCCUUGCAAAUGCUGCAGAAAUGGAUAACAAUAAUUUUGAUAACAACAAUACAGUGAAUCUGAAUAGGGUUUUUGAGGCAGGACAAAAUGAGAAUAGAAAUGCAAAUAGAGCGACUGAAAAUGUGGGUGGUGUUAAUGAACAAACUGAGUUCCAUGUAGAAAGUCUUAACGGUCUAGCUGUAUUGGAAAGUUGUGCAAGAACUGGCCAUGAUAGAAAUGGGGUUGUAGAUUCUAGUGGGCAUGCAAAUGUUGAUGGAAGGAAUGUGUCAGACAGGCAUUGCACAGCACGGCCCUCAGCAUCGCAGGGCCAAGUUCACAGGUUAGGAAAUGGCAGGCGUCAGGAAACAGCAGGGCAUUUACAACAAAGUCACCAUAGAAGCUGUAAAGACGAUACUUAUACAGAUUUGGUUCAUCCUGCCAGAGCGGGAGGCAGUCGGAGUGGGGAAAAUGAUGAAAAUACCGGUAACACAGAUUCUCUAGAGAAUCAUGUACGUCCUACAAGCAAUGAAGACUCGAAUGAUGGUGUUCAUGCAAAUAAUGGUUCUGGGACAAGGUUACAUGAAAAUAGGUCACGGAAUCAUGCACCAAAGGGAAGUGACAAUGUUGUGAGUUCUCGCCAAAGACAGCCUCAUGUUCGUAAAGGACUGAGUGAUGGUACUAGAAGUGAAACGGUGCAUAGAAGAACUCCUGCACGUGAUCAUGUUGAUGGAAGUGAUGGUCGUCGUAGGAGUGGUGCUGAUGGUGGUAUUGCUGAUGAAAGCUGUGGACAUUUUUCUGAUUGUAGUGGUGGUGUUGGUAAAUCACAUGAGCAUGGUUAGAAUAAAUUUUAAUGUCCAAACAGGACGUCAUUGAGCUAUUGUCAAAGGUUUUGUUCUCUGUUACUGUUUAAUGUUAAAUAACUUAAAUUAACUUAUUUUACACUGCAUUUUUACAAAGAUAUAAAUUGAACUUUUUUAUUUUUUGAAGUGUUUUGUACAGCUAUCUCUAAGCAAAGAUGGUAGGAUAUAUUAGUGCGCCUAAUUAUGACGAUUGGUCAUUAGGAAGGAAAGCCAGCGCUGUUUUCAUUCUGUUUGACUGUUUCCACUCUAUAACAUUAAGUUCAAGUUUGUGGUUAUAAGGCUUUUGCCAUGUAUGUUUACCAGAACCAAAUAUAUUGACAAGGGCAUUAAUUUCUUAAGGACUUGACAUAAACUAAACUGCAUUUAAGUCAUAUCCUUUUUCAUACAUGCCAUACGUCCUCGAUUGUCCGGGACAGUCCCGGAAAUGAAGAACUUGUCCCGCUGUCCCGGAAAUCUGUCAAAUGUCCCGGAAUUUACAAAAUCCAUAUAUACAUGUACCUUAUCUUAGCCUUUUUUAAUUGUAACACUAUCUAAAAAUAACACACUGAUUUGUAUGUGAAUAAUAUAUGUUUGAACCAAUUUUAAUAAUCUACUGAUUUGCCAAAUACAAAAGUCAUGGUCAUUAGAUUGUCCCCCAAAAUGGCCGUUUUUGUAGAUUAAAUUCUGUGUCCAAUAAAGGUUUUCAUCUGAUCUAUCUUAACAAUUCCUUAUACAUUAAGCAGAGGGCAAAGAGGGGGGGGAUAUUGCUUUUCUUAUAUACAGUGUAUUCUUUGUUGCUAAAACUAAUCAGUGCAUGUAUAUUUUUUAGAAAAAUGUCCAAUUUUGUAAUUCUAAAUCUUCAAAAGGUUUGAAUACACACAUUUAUAAAGGCAUUUGUUUAAAAAAACAACAACUGAUAAUUGUUUAUUGGCAAUACUCAGUUGAUUAAAUGUAACAUAAUAUUAAAAAGACUUGGCUAUGAAUAUCAAGUUUGAGGAAAAUUCACCUAAAUGAACUACACAGCUUAAAGGUAGUAAUCAAUUCAAUGAUUAUUUGGUAACAAUUUGUGGCCACAGAUGCUCCCUAUUUUGUAUACGACUAAGAAUCUCAUAUUGAAAUGAUAUUUUUAAUGUGAAUACUUGCAUGUUUAAUUUAGAGCUUUUGUAACUAUUAAAGAACUUAUUGAAGAACCGGCAUUUAUAACUAAUGGAAAAUGGGCCAUGCUUGAAAAAUGAUCUUUUUAUUAUAGACCAGGGCUAGCUAGCUUUUUGAAAAACAAACUAAUCUGCUGGUGCAAACAAAUCCAAUGCAUGUGUGGUCCUCUCAAAAGAAUCCGCCAUUUAAAUCUUUUUUAAGUCCCCUACUGGUUUCACCGGAGGGGACUUAUGGUUUGCCAAAUGGCAAUAUGGACAUUAUGCAUGUCAUUUCACUGCGUCAAAAAUUCUGGUUGAUAUGGCAACAAAUAUAUAAAAAAAUAUUCUGAAAAUGGUGGAAUUUCUGACAAUGGUGGAGCCGGUACGGGACUUGUGUUGCUUGACAAUAGUCUUGUUUAAACUAGAAUUUCUGUAUGAAAUGAGCCAGCAUUGUUUGUACAUAGGGGCGAGUGGGUUCUCCCAAAGUGUUGUGCAAUCCAGGAUAAGUAAAUUUACAAAGGUCAUUUACAUUUGGGCUGUGCUCUGUUUAAUGCAUGUGCAUAAAGUGUCGUCCCAGAUUAGCCUGUGCAGUCCGCUAAUCAGGGAUGACACUUUCCGCUUUUAUGACAUUUUCUGUUUAAAGAAAGUCUUUUCUUAGUUUAGGCAGAAAGUGUGGUCCCUGACUAGACUGUGCGGACUGCACAGGCUAAUCUGGGACAACACUUUGCACACAUGCAUUAAACCCCCUUUUCACAGAGCACGGCUCAUUUAGAUGUCCGGUUAGAAACAGCAUCUGUUGCACCUUUCGCUAAUCAUAUGUACCGGUAUACAGAAACUUCACACUGAUUAUUGGUCAUUUUUCAAAAUUGUAACUUAUUUAUAUUUUUUUAUUUAUUGUCUUUUAUUGUUUUGGUGAUGAUACUCUUUAGGUAUGCAUUAUCUGCUAUGCCAACAGGGCAUUUAACAUAUGUCAUAUAUUGAUAUGUAACAUAGAAGGUUCUGUUGUUCUGUGGUUGUGUUUGACUAUUUAAAGAAAUUACCUUAAAUUAACCAUAAAUGUAAUAAAACAGUUAUAUUUGAAUGCUUACAGUUACUGUUAAAUAUGCUAUGCAAUAGUAUUGUUGUUUUUGUUAAAAUUUUAGAGUGUUUAAUGUACAUGUGUAGAUACUUUGUUUUCUGUCGUUAUUUUAUGCAUUUACAUUUGUAAGCGUGUUGUGAGUUGUAAUAUAUAAUUUUUAUAUUGAAGUAAAAUAUUUUGAGGUUGUGUGUGAAAAAAACGUAAAAGGUUUAAAAUGGAGACAAAUGGGAUAUUUUUUUAUUUUGAAAACUUACACUAUCUUUUUAUGAUUAAAUAGCUCUUAAUAUUAAAAGGUUACUUUGAAUGUUGGUUUUAUUUUUAUUCAUGCUUAAUAACUUCUAAAAAUAUAUAUUUUAUAAUGAUGAAAUAUUGAUCCUGCACAUUUGUUAGGGUGUUGAAAAAUUAACAGUAGUAGUUGAGUCAUUGCUUUAAAAUGAAGGCUUUUAUACAGUUUUGCAAGCCUUGCCCAGAGUUUUAUGGUGAUUGUUAAUAUGCUACACACGAUAGUUGCUUCUGUGCAAGCACAACAUUGAACAAAAUGAAAUUAUUGAAAUAUAUACAAGAUAAUUGUUGAUUUUGUAGUACAAUAACAUGUGCCAUUAAUUGUAUUUUACAAGUGUUCGAAAAAAUAUAUAUUUUCUAUGAUCACCAAAUAAAUUAUAAACAGUAUAACUGACCAUUGUUCUGAACAAAUUGUUAUUUUAUUUUAUGCUUUUAGCUCACAUAUUUAUGCCCCCUAAGGAGGGCAUAUAGUGAUCAGACCUUCCGUCAAACUGCGUUUAGGUUUCUGCGUUUAGGUUUAGAAAAAUGCUCAUAACUUCUAUGUCCCUUCAGAUAGCAACUUGAUAUUUGGCAUGCAUGUGUAUCUCAUGGAGCUGCACAUUUUGAGUGUUGAAAGGUCAAGGUCAUCCUUCAAGGUCAAAGUUUUAAAAAAACAAAUCCAAGGGAAGUAAUAAGCUUCAAAGGGAGAUAAUUAUAUGUACCUGCCAAAUGAUAAAAAAAACAUUAAUAAAUCAAAGCCGCGCAGUAAGGGGGCAUUGUGUUUCUGACAAACGCAUCUCUUGUUUACAUUUGAAAUUCCAUCUUAACCUUGCAUUAUUGACUUAUCUCUUUCGAGUGCUGUGUAUAAUAAAAUAAAUUCAAUUUCAUCUUGUACUUUUUGGGGGCUCAUGACUGUUACGUGCAAUUUUGCUUAACUUCCGAACUAUCAAAUGCUUUUGAUAAUGAAAAACGGGAAUGUAUGUAUACAUGUUACCUGUUAUGUAUAUUUGUAAAGUUAUUGAAACCUGAAUAUGAACAUAUGAACAAUGUGGUAGUUUUUCUGACAUUUUAUCACAUGCGAUUUCUCUGGCUGGUAUAGAGCUACAUUGGCUACAUAUUUCCUAAAACUAAUUUUCCUAUGAAAUGGUUUACAUGUAUAUAAAAUUGUUUAGCGGAUAGAGCAUUUUAGAGCUCAAACUUUGAAUAGCUGCAACUGAUCUUUGAAAGUUCUGGUUUUGGUUCCCAUAAUGGCUAAGCUUCUCAAAACAGAUUCAUAUUCAUAUUUCAGUAUUAUAUUCCUCAGGCCUAAUGUGAGGAAAAACAUAUCUUACAUUUUUACUUUUUUCUCUGCCAAAGGCUGUCCGUCUGUUACAAACUUUUCAGGGCUAUAUCUCAGAAACUAUAUAAGAUAUCGGCAAACAUUAAACUUUAUGGGUGUAUAGAUAUCAAUGAAGAGAAGUGUGAUGCACAAAAACCAUAACCCUACACUUUCUUAAGUAAGGGUUAUUGCCUGCUGUUGUUUUUGUAUAAUUUAACUUUUCAGGGCAAUAUCUCAGAAACUAUCUAAGAUAUCAACAUGAAACUUCAUGGGUGUAUAGAUAUCAAUCAGGAAAAGUGCCAUGCACAGGAACCAGAACACUUAACUUCCUUUAAUAAGAGUUACUGCCAUUUUGUGUUUUUUAUGAUGUAACUUUUCAAGGAUAUUUCAGAUACAUUAAAAGAUAAUCGUAUCAAUAUAUAUAUCAUAUACGAUAAAAGAUUUCAAACUGAAACUUAAUGGGUGUAUAGAGAUCAAUAAGGAAAAGUGCCAUGCACAAGACCCAUAACCCUACACUUUCUUAAAUCAGAGUUAUUGCCCUUGUUGUUUUUGUAUUAUGUUACUUUUCAGGGCUCUAUCUCAGAUGCUUUAGAAGAUUUCAACAUGAAAUUUUAUGUUUUGAUAGGAAUCUACCACACAUCAAGAGAUUUGCACCCAUCCAUAAACAAUUUAUUUGGCGGGGGAUAUCAAUUCAAUGAAUUUGCUUGUAUUCAUAUAAAAUCAAAGAACAACCUGAUUUCAGAUAUUUUCAGUCAUUUAGAAAGCUUAUUUUAUUUGAUCGUACUGUGUUUUUUUGAGAUGUUAAGUGCCAUUCUAUAGUCAAUUGCUGAUAAAUAAAUGAUAAUUAUGCAUUGUUAUAACUACCAUAGUGUGUUAGAAAUUAUUUUUUGUUUUGUAUUUUAUUUAUAGACUACUAUUUAAUACUAUCAUAUAACUUUUUUAUUUGUUUGUUUUGAUCAAGUAACAGUCUGUCAACUCUGUUAAAAACAUUUAAAAAAAAGAAGUUGAAGCUUUUUGCAAAAUUUGUUUCAACUUGUUGCCGUUUAAUUAAAAUCUGGAAAACCGAUCUAAAGAUUUUAAAACACAAGUAUAAUUUGCAAAAAAAAAAUUUUUUACAGGGUGAACAAUUGAUUUAAGCAGUUUCAGUGUGUAAUAUCCUUGAAGUCGUCGUGGGAGUUUACAGACUGUGUCUUUGUUGUUGCUUGUACUGUAGCAAUACCUACUGUAAGAGAAAGCAAUAAAAACAAAACUAAA